UGGAAUUAGGUGGGUACUCCGUCUGGAAGUCUAGUUGGUGUAAUGGACAGGGUUAUCUCCAUAAACCUCUUCCUUGGUGUCCUGCUCAUAUUACCUCUGCACGGAGUGUUGGACGUUCAGGCAAGCAUUUUGACCCCUGGAAACCAGAUUUUACGCCACAAAGGCAACGCAGACAUCCAGAAUAAAAUCCUAGCAUUACUACUGCGUAAAAGCUUGGAGUCAAUUGAAAGAAAUGACGCUUUGGAAUUUGAACUGUCAAGCAAGGGGGAGGACCUGGAGGAGCUGCAGGGGCAGAUUAUCUCCAAGGCUGAUGGAAAAGAACAUAGCAAAAGAGGAGAAGCCUGCUUCUGGAAGUACUGUGUGUGAUCACUAAGUCAGAAGACAGAUGGACAGCAUGACAAGACACUGGAGAUAUGGCUUUAAACAAAACAUGGAAAAGUGGAUCUGCUCGGGAAAUCAUAAAUAGAUACAUAGAGUAAUCUUAGUUGAUUUCCCUUCACAAAAACAGUGCAAUCAUGAUCCACAUACAGUUAAAAAAAGUUAAAACACAUUUUACAUCUGAUGUAUCCAUCCAGAUUACAUGGAUCCUAUAGGAAAUGCCUGGAGAAAGUAAACAAACAUGUAACUUUGCUUCAAACCUCAUAACUGAUGAGUAGUAACAGCUAUUUGUCAGAAGUUAUUAUUCAUCUAUGUGUUCAUCAUUCACUUUCAUUUCAUCAAGUAGCAUAUAUUUGUUGUUGCUUCAAUAAAAA